CAACAUAUACUCAAUAUGGGAGCGUUACUUUCAAAUUUGCUUAGGGGAAGUAGUGAUGUAACAAUACCAGAUUUGAAUAUUGACUUUGAAAAUCCCAUAGCAAAAGAAGAAGAAAGAAAUUUACACAUAAAAAUUUCUCGACUUCUUCAACCCACUGAUACAUUAUUAGAUUCUAUACGGCAAUAUCAAGGUUGUGGAGAAUUAAUAAAAAAAGCUAUAUCAAACCCGACGCCUGAUAAUGAAGAAGAAGCUUGGCAGGCCGUUAAACCUGCUGUAGCUAAAUUAAAAAGAUAUUUUGAAUUUUCUGCUUUGCUUGAGAAUGCAUUUCCUGAACUAUUUACAGUUCUUUGUGAAGGCAAUAUGAGAACACCAUCGAUUCAAAAUGAUUUUUCAUACUAUAGAAGAACACUUAGUAGAGGAAAACUUGCAAUUGAAACAGAUUUAAAGACUGACAUGAUUGAAGAUGAAUUGGCAAAUAAAAUUUCAUUAUUUUAUGCAUAUCCAACGCCAAUGUUGAAAAUGGUUACUGAUGUGACUGCACAUUUAAUGACAAAGGAUAAUCUUGGCAAAGGUAUAUUAGAAUGUUUAUCAGGAUUAGCUGCUGCUUGUUAUCAGACCGUCACAAGAAAAAGAGUAAUGGUUGUGUGUAUUAUUUUAUAUGAUCAUAUUGAUCCACAGGGAGCUUUUAAUAAACAAUCACCAAUAAAUAUAAAAUCAUCAGUAAAAGCGAUUCAAACUCAUGGUACAAGUGAAAGCUCUAAUUUGAUGUCAGCUUUACGAUUCAAUACCAAACAUUUAAAUGAUGAUUCUACACCAAAAAAUAUCAAACAACUUUUGAGUAGUCAUUGA